GUGGAAGUGAAGUGGACGGUCUUCAAGCAAACCAGACAGACAGUUAGUCGGUUACUAGCUUCUUGUAACGCCUACAUGGUUCAGAAAAUAUCUGAAACAUGGUGCAAAUUGGUCUCUAAAGUGAACCUAGAUUUUUUUACUUGUCGUAAAGUGACUGUCAACUUGCAAACCUAGCUGGUUAGCUGGAUGGCUGGUGAUAAUGAACUGUUAUGCAUUGUCGGACAAUCAGCUAGUGUUACUCCGGCUAAUGCUGCUUUAUCCAUCUUGCUGUCGCUGACAUCACUCCAUGCGGUGACGACAUGAGAUGUCUGCAUAACUUUUUAUCUGCUGGACAUUUAAUUGCUCCACAUUUUUCAUUAUGGACAGCGAACGCAGCAAUUGCAGGCCCCAGACUGGAGACAAUAGCAAGCUAACCUAGCUAUCAAGCUGUUGUUGCUGCUAAGCUUGCUAAAAGCUGGUGCGUGUCUGGAGCCGCACUGAAAACAUCGAGGUGCCUGCACCAUGGAUCAGGUGGAUAUGACAGAUCAAAUCACUGCAGCUUGUAGUCAACAGUUGUUUCACAACCAAGAUAUGGCUGUGGCUGACCAAGACUCAUCACCUCAGCAGCCCUGCUCCAACAUUAUGUCUUCACAAUCUGAAUGGGUUAGCAGCAUCACUGAAGACACUGACCUGAUCAUAACUGAGGAUGGGCUCAGUAAUGGCAUAUGUGAGGUUGAGACUAUGAUAGCAUUAAACUGUCCUGGUGACAGUGAAGAUGUCACCAUUGAGGGUGACCACCUUGCACUGAGCAAUGAUGGCAUUUCAGAGUUUUCCAACAGUGACUUCUCUUUGCCUGAGGUCUGCAUUUCCACCAACACCAAUAGCUUUGAGGAGGAUAUGAACUAUGAGGUCCAGCAAGCGUAUAGGAUAUUCACUGGCUUUCUCUUGGACAAGCACAAAGGGAUCACCGGCCCGUUCCUCCAUCCCAUAGGCCACCUGGAUGCCCAGCAUGGAAUUGGAGGGGUCCGGGGCCGGAGUCAGGCACAGCUCAGGCAGUCGAUGUGUUUGCGGAGGAUGGAGGAGAAGUUUAUCAGCCAAGAGUAUGAGACCCUAACAGAGUUUGUUGCAGACUUCAGGCUGAUGUUGGAGAACUGUUAUCGCUACCACGGGGUGGACCAUUGGAUCUCCAAACAAGCUCAAAAGCUGGAAAUCAUGCUGGAGCAGAAGCUUACAUUGCUAUCCAGGACGCUGCGAGAGAAGACGACCUUGUCAGUGACUUCUAAAGGACGUUUUGGUGCAGAGGAGGAACGGGGUUCAGGGGGCACCUCCACGAGGAGGAGGCUGGCACCUCGUAGCCUGGCUACCAUCACUGUCGGUGGGCAUGAGUCUGUCAUGGUCCAGGCCCUACGGAUGGAAGAACAACAGAGGGCCAAGGAGGAGAAGAGGCAACGUGAGCUUGAGAAGAAAGAGGCAGAGGAAAUGUCAGCCAAAGAGGUGGAAGAGUGGGAGCAGACUUUGCUGUCACAGGCUUUCCCCCACACUGUGGACACACUUUGGGAACUCCCUGCUAUAGGGCACUUCCUAUGUCUGGCUCAGACUGCACUUAACCUCCCAGAGAUUGUAUUUUUCGAUCUGGAGCGUUGUUUGCUGAUGCCCCGCUGCAGCCUCCUUCUGUCAAAAAUUAUGUCUUCCCUACUGUCCCCACCCCAGCGGAGGGCCACUUUGAACCGCCGGCCUGCACUGCCUUACCGCCGCUGGGAGUCAGAACUCAGGCAGCGGGUCAUGGGCUGGUAUCGAGCUGUUGGUGCCUCCCAUCAUCAGCCUGGUCGGGCUGAGCAGCUGGGACUCUGCCACCAGUUUUUCAGCUCCCUCGGGGAGGUGAGUCCUCUGGAGGAGAAACCCUUUCACUUGCUGCCCUUCUACCAGCGAUUAUGGCUUCUGAAGGGGCUGUGUGAUCAUGUGUAUGAGACACAGAAAUAUGUGCAGGAUGCUCUCCUUGCCCAGCCCAUCCAUGAAUGUAGGGAGUCUAUUUUGGGCUAUGACAGCAAGGACAAUGCCUAUAUACAUUUCCCACAUUUCUGUGGGGCAGACCUGAGGAUCUACUGCCAGAGCCCCAGCAUACCCCCAGUUUUGCCUUUCCGUUCUGCAUUGGUCAAAACUGUUGAUAUAGAGCCAGGGACCGAAGGUGAAGAGUCGGAUGGAAUGAAGGAAGAGGGGGUUACAAGUGAGAGGGGGUGUUAUGGAGGCUCAAUGGACACUGGGGAGUCUGAUGAUUUUGGAAAAGGGGAAGCAGAGACAUUUGGGGUUUUCAAAGGGGACAAUGGGGACGGAGAGGAAGGUAAAAGGUUUGAAAUGUGGUUAGUGAAGAACAAAGAGGGGUCUGAAUCAGGGUCCUCUGAUGAAGACUCAUGUGAAGACUCUAAAUUGGACUUAAAAAUACACACUAACUCCUUAACUCUUUCACACACUAGUCCUAUUGGAGGAUGCAGUGUGGGAAUGCAUUUGAAGGAAGAGACUGUAGAGUUGGAGCAUCAAUCCAAGCGACUCACAUUAAAACAGGAGCAGGGCUUCUCAUUGGGCUCAAUACGCACCAUUAAAGCAGAGACACAGGAGCCCUGUCUCAGUGUAGGGGAGCACAGCUACACAGGCAGGUCACCUGCUCGCUUAAUAAAUCUGGCCUCCCCAACCAAACCAAUCAAAAUGGAGGAAGGAAGUCCCAGUCAGGCACACCAAAGGUCUUCCUGUUUGGAUUGUUGUAAAAGCAAAACAGGAAGUGUUAAAUCUGAGGAGCGGGACUGCUGCUGUGGCACAUCAGGGCUAGCAACACAGUUGUCUUCUGAAAGUUCUCAAAAUUCAAGUGAAGAGAGGGUGAAUGACAAAAUCUGGACAAAAAAAAAAAAGAGGAAGAAAAGGCGAGGGAGGGAACAGCUGGCGAGAGUGAAAGGAGAGCAAAAGCAGCUGCAGGACGUGGACAGGAUGAGGCUGUCCCCAGCUGAGACUACCAAGUCUGUGGUGCAGAGAGUUGCCACAACGAUCAAAAGAAAAGACAAGAAGAAAAAACAUAAAACAGGAAAAAAGCUUGAAUCUUCAAAGAAAACGAAAGAUGAACCUUCAGUUGAGCCAUCAUUUAAGUUGGUAUGCACCAGUCUUGAGGAGUUGCGCGAGCUGAUCAGUAAAACAGAAGAUGAGCUUGAUGACCUGGAGAGCACCAAAAAGAGAUUGGGUCGAUGGUAUUAUAGGAGAGAAGCAGUGAAAGACCUCCACAGCACUCUAAUCAGACUACUGAAUGAGCUUUCACUCUGGGAACCCAAACUUGUUAAAGCCUUCCAAAGGAACAGGCUUCGUUUGAAAAAGGAAUGUGAUGAUUUCAAGAAGCACCCAGAAUACAAUAAUUUUGUGCGUGAGGAGUGUAUUUCAUCAUCCUCAUCAGAUGAUGAUGAUGAUGAUGAUGAUGAUGAAGAGAGGGGUUUGGGGAAGGAGGUGUGCUCACUCUUGGAUCAUUAUGGAAGAUCAGAAGAGGAGGACCUAGAACAUAUGGUUCCCAGAGGUCUUUGGAGUGGAGCAAGCACCAGAGAGUUUGUGGCUGAGUCUGCAGCAGAAAGAACAGUGACCUACUUACCUCCCAACCACCUAAAACCCUCUCUGGCCAGCACAGAGAAACAAGUCAGUUUGCUGCCAAGAAGUCAGACUGGCGGCAGUAACAUUACUUCGACCCCUGACUCCGGGCCACAGUCUAGAUCUGAACUGAGACUUAAUCAAACCAGGGAUUCAAACUCAGCAUGGGCAGUAAGGUUACCAACCCUGGCUUCACUGUCACCCAGAACCCCCAUCCUCCAUCCCACCACUGGACUACCUAAGGGCUACACGCCCAUCCCCACCCUGCUGGCUAAGAGUGUGGGAAACAAAGUGACCUUAAUGAAACGGCCUGCUGAUUUUCCAGAGAUCAACAUCAUAGAUAAACAGAGCAAAGGAUCUUUGCGCUCCAUGCCUAGUUCUGCAGUGACUACCACAAAACUUUCAAAAGCACAAUGUUCUCCAUCCAGUUCGCAGCAGAGCUCACUACAAAUGCAGACACAUGGAUUACAACAAACAGAAGUAAUAAGACAGCCAGCAAUGGCUACAGUGACAGCAGCUUUUCCUAAAUCACCACAGGCGAAACCGACCCAGACUGUACAAAAGAAUCCUGUCCAAGUGGUGUACAAAGUACCUGAGAGGCUGGGUCACAUUGUGAGGAAAGAGAGCAGCAGCCCAGUCAAGAUCUCUGUUCAUCCUGUCGUGGACCAGAACACUGGGGAAAAGAUCAUGCAACAAUUGGUGAUUCUGCCUUCUAACCUUCUCAUUCACAAAACUGAAGAAAAUGUGUCUUCUUUUCAUCAACAGUCUAAGGGCAUUCAGGUCCCAGUUUCUAAAGUGACCAGCCCCUUCUGUAUGUCCACCAAUGUGCCUGGGUUCUCUAUUCCCGAUAACAGAAUCCCUGUUCAGCAAGUGGCUCCCUUAAAAGCUGCCAGGGCAGUGAGGACACCUUCCGUUUCCCCUCGUCUGCAACAGGGGGCCCUAAACACAGCAGGUCUCAAGCGGGCACAAGUCUGCAGUUCCCAAGCUAGCACACCACAAGGUGUCACGCCAAACCCUUCACUCAUCACAGCUCCUACUGAGGCUAUUAAAUCUACAGACCAUAAACAGGAGCUUAAGACUGUGUGUAUCCGUGACUCACACUCCAUCCUGGUUACAACGAGAGGAGGCAACACUGGCAUCGUCAAAGUCCAGACAUCCUCAGACCAGAAUGCGCUUGGUUCGUUAACCAACAGUCCAGUCAUCACUAUCUCACCUCAGUUUAAAGCCUUCCUCGUAUCCAAGACGUCACAGACACGCUCCCCUUCUGCGCCCUCUUUGACUUCCCCUUGUACCAACCCAGCAGUGACAAGUAUCUCAGUUGCCCAACAUCAAAAGCAGGUUCUGUCAGUAUUAAAGUCCCCAUCCACUGUCCCAACUCCCAUGCUGACUGCAUUCACUGGUAGCAUUCCCGUUACAGGAGCAGGAAGCCAGACUGCAGUAACUACGGUUGCUAUAAAUCAAGGCUCCACCACCUCGGCUGGUUCUACAGUUGCAGCAGAGACACCUGCGGCUCAUUCUCAUUUUCAAGCUUCAUUAAUGAAAAACGCUGUUGCUGUGCCGUCACUGAGUAGUUCUGGUGUUUCCCAAGUUCUCACACAAGGAGAGUUCAUCAGCAAGACUGGUGUGAAGCGGGCCAGUACAGAUGAGAGAUCCCAAGUUACUAAAUUCAUCCUAGUUACUCCCUCUUCUUCCUCCGCCUCAAAUGCAGCCUUAUCAAAAGGUACACCCUCUUACACCAACUCACUUCCUAGUUCAAGAGUCAUGUUCAUCAGCCAGCCCACGGCGACAUCAACCACCACGUCUAUGGGAAGCUUUCAAAAGCAGGCAAUAGCAGCAGGGUCUAGUGGACAGCUGUUGACCACUUCAUUAUCGAGUCAGUGUCUACAGAUGGGAUUCAGCACAGGCCAAACUGUUGUCAACUCAGAAGCAUUGUCCAAGAUCAAGAACAUCACUCUGCCCUCAGGUGUUCAAAUCCAGUUGUCAGGGAAGACGACAACCAUUGGACAGACUAUAGGUGCCCUGUCACGUUCUCCUUCCAAGAGCACACCAGUGUCUGUCUCGGAUACAGGCCGUCUGACAACCACCACCACUAGACUGGUGCCGGUUACAAGUUCAAAUACCAUCACAAGCUGUUCUGCCCAGCUUGCCUCUCAGGCUUCUCUGACCAGCAGCUCUCAGUUUAAGGGCAUUUCUUCCUUCACCAUGAUCUCCCAACCAGGCACUUCGACAUCUACUGCUGCCACUCUGCCUGCAGGAAACGUGAUCAAUAAGGACCUUUGUAUGCCUGCAACUCGACUGUACAGCAACUCACCUGCUCAGGUAACUACCACUGUGCAGAGUAACCUAGCCCAAACCUCCACAUCCACUCUUGUUAGUCAGCUUUCAAAUAUCCAAAGUGGCAUUGGUGAAACCACUUCCUUCUUAUCUCCCCCUCAACUUGCUGUCAAUAAAACCCAAACACCCAUCUCUUCUGCAACAACCACCAAUACCCCAUUCACCACCUCUGCUACUGGCACAAUCCAGCAGAGGAUAGUCAUCAACACCUCUACGCCCCUUGCUGCUGGUACUCAGAUCCUCCUUAACAAUGCACGUUUUGUAGUCCCUCCCCAGGGUUUGGGCCCAGGUAGCCAUGUCCUUAUCAUCUCUAGCCCUGCACCACAAAAAGUGCCUACUGCCAGUGCUACCAGCACUGGAGCAUCAGUACCUCCCCAAGGGGCAAGACCUGUCGCUGUAGCCCCUCGAGCACCAGUUUUACCCCAAUCUCCAGCCAGACUACCUGGUGUGCCAGCCGUAAAUUCUCCUUUUGUAGCAUGCACACCUGCUAUUGGUCCAUCAUUGCUAGCAACUACUCCAAAUGUCCCGCCAAUCCGACUGACAGGAACGCCUGGCCUGGGCUCAACGUGGUUACCCAGUAAAACAAAUGUAGUGUCUGCUCUGCCUAGGUUGCCAGCUGCACAUGCUGGUAACUUUGCUUAUCAACCUGUAGGUACACCCUCUCUGGUCUCAUCCCCGCCAGGCUUAGGCAAUGUACCAGCCCUAGUUUCCCCAGUGGUAACCAGUGCUCCUGCUCUCGGCUCAGCACUGACUUCAAUCAGGUUAGCUGCUGGUACACCCACGCCAGCUGAAUGUUCAUCCACCAUUUUGUCUGCAGUAGCACCCCCCUUGUCCAGAUUGUCAGCACCGCUAUCAUCCUUGCUUGUUUUAUCCAGCACAUCAGCUGUUUCCCUUCCCAGCCCUGUCAUACCACCCGUAUCCUCAGCAGCAGCUCCUGUGGCAGCAGGCACACCAGCUUUGCAUUCUUCUCUUCCUGCCCAGCAGGUGGUUUCAGUGACAACCCCGGGCCCAGACAUACAGCCCCAGCAGACAGCAGUUGGAAUUGCAGCUUCCUCCACUGCUCCAUCACAGGCUUACCUGCAUAUGGGACUAGGCAACACAUCAGUCAAAGAAACGGUUCCUGCAGUCAUGAAACCAGUGCUUGCUGGCACACGGACACAGGUAUUGCCAACAGUGGCUGUCCCACCAAUUGUAAGUGCCGUGUCUAGGAUGCAGACGCUGCCUAUUGCUACAGUCCCACCAAUUGGAAGCACUGUCAACACCUUUGAAACGGCACCUGUGGUUACAGCGCCUUCAUGCAGCAGCACUGUAGUGAACACUCCAGCUCAACCAUUCACAUCACUGAAGACAAACAACACGAUCUACCCACCUGUCAUUCUGACCAAUCAAGCACUUGGAAAGCACUCUCUGCAGACCUCAUCCUUAGGAAUGCAUACCAAUGUAGCAUCAAAGCUUUUCAUUAGUCCUGAUGGUUCUGUUUUGAACACAGUUCAGUGCCAGGUCAAUCCAGUUGAGCUGACUGCCUGUCCCAAACCGCUGGAUGCACUAGUGGUUUCCCCCAACAGUUCCACUGGAGCGCUGCACGCACUUGAUUCCUCUUUACAGCCUUCACAGGCAGACAGGAAGUGAACCAAUUACCUGUGCCAGCUAUGUGAGGACUCAGACACCACUUUUCAGCUACUUAGUUUUACCAGGACUCAUAUCCAUUGCUUGUAGUAAUCCUGGGGUUAGUUAACAAAACUGCUUUCCAGCUGUAGUUUGACUUAUAACUUACAUUUAGGACAUAGUAGGUUAUACCCUCUGGAUAGAUCAUCUUAUAGGUAAAUGGUAUGCUCUAUCGGACAUACUGGAAAUGUAUACUGUGAUGGUUUUCUCAAGUGAAAACUAGUGAGGUUGCCCUCAGAUGAAUGUUAUAGACUCUUGACUUUCCUUUUUUCUUUUUAACUUUAUGGCCAGUAAUGACACCUGUUGUUAUAAUAAAGCAGUAGAAUGGGAGGGUAAAUGCAAUGAAUUUCAACUCAAGCUUUUGUAAUACUUUUCAAUGCCAUUAGAUACUGCUUCAAUAAUUAUUACUUGGGAUAAUAUUCAUUGGUACAACUUGCUCUACUUUAUGUCAGUUUGAACAAUACUGUCUGUAUCCAGAUUCUGUCAUGUUGUCAUCUUUUCAACUAGUGUGAAAACUACAAUUUCACUUUUUAGAAAUAUAAAUGAACUAAUAGAUGAAUUUGUACUACAUGUUUCAGUGCAUAUACAAUGUUUUGAAGUCACAUUUAUUUAUUUUUACCAUAUAGAUUUUUCAAAAAAUAUUUACUAGGUGCAUUUUCAUUGAACAAAUGUGGACGUUACUGCAUGGGAAUAAACAAUGCAACUGUCCCCAA